AUGGCUGCCGUAAAAAAAGCUUGCUUGGCUUCGUUGGUAAACGUAGCACUCGGUCGAACACCGAAGGAGGCACAAAAUGGCAUAGACUUCUAUAAGUACUUGUUCACCAAUCACCAAGACCUCCGCAAGUACUUCAAAGGUGCUGAAAAAUAUAAUGCGGAUGACGUCCAAAAAAAUAAAAGAUUCGAGUUGAUUGGCACUGGUCUGGUGAUGUCUGUGCACAUUCUGGCCAACACCUACGAUAAUGAAAUGGUAUUUCGAGCAUUUUGCCGGGAUCUGAUUGACAGGCAUGUCAAUAGAGGACUUGAUCCCCACCUGUGGAAGUCAUUCUGGGGAAUCUGGACGGGAUUUCUGGAGAGCAAAGGAACCACGUUGAACGCUGAACAGAAGGAUGCAUGGGACAAGCUGGGAACGAUGUUCAACGAUGAAUGCCAGUACCAACUAGCCAAGCAUGGACUUCCUCAUACAUAA